CGUCAUUCCGCGCGGUUUCCUCGCUACAGUCUGACGCAUACAUUCUCACGUAAUAAAGUUUUGGUUUUGACUAUCAUCCAGUGUUUCAAAAGGGGUGUGCUACGGAUAUAUUCAGUACCUACUAGAACAAAUUUGCAAGGUACGGAAAGUGAAUGUACCUAUUUAACAUUCGUAUACUGUGGUGAUAUUGCUAGUGCGUGCGUCCGCGACAUCGACCGCUGCGUUUCGCGUCCAACAUGGUCGGUUGGUUGGUGCUGAGCAUCAAUCAACCCGAAUCGUCUAUUAUUAGCAUAAGAGUCAACAUGUCGACGUACUCGCUGGACGCAGAGAAGUUCAUAGCGGAGAUCCGCAAACACCGGCAGCUGUGGGACGUGGACGAGGGCGGGCGCCCGUUCCGAAACAGGGCCAAGGAGAAGGCCUGGCGCGCCGUCGCGCGCGUCUUCAUCCAGGACUUCGACACGCUCAGCGAGACUGAGCUGGCCGAGGUUUACCGCAAGCUGUACAACAAAUGGCGGAACAUCCGCGACGCGUACGUGCGCAACAUCCGCAGCACGCGCGUCAACAAGUGCGGCAGCUACAUCUUCAUGAAGCAGCUCUCGUUCCUCGACUCGCGGUACAAGCCCAACCCCAACGCCAGCCGGUCGGACGACCAGUCCAGCGACGACGGCGACCGAACCAACAACGACAACAACUCGUGCGACAGCGACGAACCGUCCAUCAUCGAGAAUCUCAAACGACGAAGAACAUCCAGUAAAAGGAAAAAGUCUGCACCCAAUUCGAACGACGAAGAAACUCCUCGGAAGAAUAGGCCGAAGUUGGAAAUAGUGGAUCCGGCGUUGAGCGACAUGGGUUCCGUACAGUGUCCGGAGUAUGAAAAUCCCAUUUCAAUGUCCCGGCUCAGUGACGAGGGCGGCGCGGACACGACACAGGUGCCGAUGUUCGACGAGGACCGUUCGUUUUUCGACUCACUGUUGCCGGCGGUGCGCGAGUUCGACAUGGAUCAGAAGCUGAAGUUCCGAUACGAAGUUUUGAGGACGAUCAAAGACAUCCGCUCGCAAAAGCAGAGCACUUGCAAGCCGGAGCCAUCGUCAUCUGCGUAUUUUAUUGACUAGUGCUUGUUUUUUCCAAAGUUGCUUGGUAUAAAUUUGCAGCAAUAUACAACCCGGAUAUGGUUGUUACAAUUACAUCCCAGCGUCUUGGGAAGCAAUUCAAACAUCAGCCUAACCACGCCGCCCCGCAUUACAGCAGCGUGGUGGGUCUAAGUUCCAUAUCCCCACUCUAAAGAUGCCAGGGCCAGGCAUCCUUACAUAGAUUUAAUUUAGGUAUUCGUUAAAAAUGAUAAUGAUGAUACCCAAUACUAAAGGUGCUGACAUACUGACCAACCAUCACAUACUUAUUACAUUUUUGUUCAAACUAUAUUAUUGUACCUAAAUAAUAUUUAAUCGGAGCACCGGGUCACCAAAUUGAUUUACAUAAAUCGCCCGUUAAAUGAUUUCAAAAACUUAAUUAGGUAAUAACUACAUAAUGUUAUAUUUCAAUGUACACUAUUGUAAAUACCUAUACCUAAUAAUAAUUAAACAUAUUCCGAUUAACAUGA